UCCCAAUGUACGACAUGGCUAUAAUAGUACGAUGCUGUUGCUGUAAUGUGCGAACGGGGUCCAUAUGGGCUGCUUCUUAUUCCUUGAUUACAUCUCUUUUGAAUGUCGGAUUGUAUGCGUAUUUUACUGUCAUCUACCAGAAUAUGGAAUCAGGUUAUCUUCACAUACCUUAUAUUGUGUUUCCGAUAACCACGGGAUGUAGUGGACUAGUCUUCAUGUUGUCCAUAGUUCUCAUAAUUGGUUUAAUAAUGGACCAUAAGAAGUUAUUGUUGCCGUGGAUUAUUUUCUAUAUUUUUUACAUUCUCGCCGAAGGUGCUACAUCAUUUGUCUUGGUAUUUUUCUUUGGUGCACACGCGAUGAACCUGUUUGCCUUAGCGUGGUUUGUAUCAAGAACAAUACUUGGGGUAUAUUGUAUUAUAUGUGUGGUGUCACAAUACCAAGAACUAAACGAAGGUCGUGGUAGAAGUUACGAUUACGAAAGGGAUGCAUAUAUGGACGAUGAUGCCGACGCGCCACCAGAAACAAUCGAGUCGCCGCGGGUAAUGAAGUUCACGAUCCAUGGGGAUCAGACUCAAAGACAGUACAGUACAGCAUCUACCAAGUCAGCAGGUGAUAUCGAGUUAGAAGAGACUAGAUCGUAUUCAACGCCGAGAAGACAUCCACGUUCACCGAAGAUUGUACCCCGAGAAGUGCAAACACCAAACAAUGGUUACCAAAACAGAUACUUCGAAGACGAUGUCUUUUAAUUACAGGGAGAUGUUCUAUUCUAUUCAAGUAUGUUCUCGUCAUGUUAACGUUAACGUUCGUCAAGUUUCAUUUAUUGGUUUAUCAAUGAUUGCGAUAAAUCUUCCAGUUUUACUCCAUUAAGUUGUUUUUAUUCCGACACAUAAAUUAUUAUUAUAGCACCAAAGAACACAUUGGACAAAAUGAAUUGUAAUACAAAGACACUAUUAUUUACACUGAGUUAGCUGUCAAUAGAUGGAUUUUGUUGUUGACACAGGAUGCUUUGUUGUCACAGGAUGCUUUGUUGUCACAGGAUGGUUUGUUGUCAUUGGUAGGGUUUGUUUUCAUUAACCAUUGCUUGGGUUUGGUUGCCAAUGAGUGGUUUGUCGUCAUUGGACGGCUUGUGUUGUGAUUGGGUAAUUUGCUGCUAUUAAGUGGUUUUUAUUGUCACUUUUCGCAUUUGAACGGUUUGUUGUCAUUAAAUGAGUUUUGAUAUCACCGAGUGAGUUGUUGUCAUCAGUAGAGUUUGUUGUCAUUAGAUGGGUUAUGUUAAUUGGAUGUUUUUUUGUUAUCACUGGAUGAUUUUUUGUCAUUAGAUGGGGUUUGUUGUCAUUAGAUAGUUUGUCGUCA